GAUUAUUUUUUUGACUCACAGCUCUUGCCAAUUAUUAGUUGAGGUCGUUUUCUUGUAAGCAGUAAAAGCAUGGCUGCAAUAAUAAAUCAUAAGUAUAUACAAGGCAAGAAAGAGCUACUAGGCACGGGAAGCUAUGGGGAGGUGUACACUGCGGAAUUGAAAGUGGCCAUAAAGCAACUCAGGUUUUCAGAGGCAGAGAUAAAUAAAUCAUUUGAAGCGGAGGCCACGAACUUACUUCGCGCUCAACAUCCGAAUAUUAUAAGAUUAUACGGAAUUUCAGGAAAACACACACUGGUCAUGGAAUAUGCAGAUAAUAAUCCUCUCGAUAAGUACAUACAUAACAAGGACAGCAAAAUUACAAACUCACAUCGUCAAAAUCUAAUGCUUCAGUGCGCCGAGGGAGUCGCUUAUCUUCAUAGUCUGACACCGUUGAUACUUCACCGCGACCUGAAACCCGCAAAUAUUUUACUUACAAAUAAUUACUGUACGCUAAAGAUUUGUGAUUUCGGAACGGCACGAGAAAUAGGUACAGAAAUGACAGCCGAAAAAGGAACUCCCGCAUAUAGGGCACCAGAAAUAAUUGACAAAGGCUUCUUUGGUGUGAGCAAGGAGGCAAGGUUGAAAGAUUCUUCUAGCAAGAAAGUCAUAAGAUUUAUUAAAAUUGAAGAUACACAAUCAGACGAAUUUGAAGCUGAAAUCAAUACUUUUAUAAAAAUUAAACAUGACAAUGUUUUAUCAGUCAACAUGGUUAAGAGUCCCUACCAGAAUAUUAUGGUUAUGGACUUCUCAGAAUUUGGCUCACUCUAUAAAAUUCUACAUGUAAAUAAAGAUCUAAUUUCCGAUCUACUCCUACUAAACUGGGCACAACAGUUAUUACUGGGUAUUCGGGCUUUACAUGAUAAGAAUAUUGUUCAUGGCAAUUUAGGUACUCGCAAUUUAUUUCUCUUCGACGACAAUAUGGUAUUGAAGAUAUGUUUGGAUCCAACUAAAACGUGUGGAGCACCCAUUUCCGCUUAUACGGCACCUGAAAUUCUUAAAUAUGGACGACGCACAACCAGGAGCGAUGUGUACAGUUUUGGAAUCAUUCUUUGGGAAUUGCUAUCAAGGAAGAAACCCUUUAAUGAUACAACAGACCAAAUCCUCGCAUCUAUGAUCUUAAGCGGUGAACGGCCCGAUCUGGAGGAAAUGAAAAGUUAUCGAUAUAUUGAAAUAUUGCGAAGUGUGAUCAAGCAAUGUUGGAAUGAAGAUCCAAACAAACGGCCCGCAGUGAACACUUUGAAUCUUAUAUUCAAAUACGAUUAUGACGAAAUUAAAAGAUUAGAGCGUAUUUAAAAAAAUGGAGUCGAAGUAAAAUAAAACCCGGAAGUAUAACGCAAAGGAAAUAUAG